GGAAAAUUUUUGCGGUUACAACAACAACAAUACAACUGUCCAAUGAUUUUCAAAGCAAAUAAGUAAUAUGACCGUAAAAGUAUUCUGUAGCUUACUUUGAAGCCAUGCGGAGGCACUGAGGAAAGACGUUGUCGGCGAGUCGACUAAAAUACCUCUGAAGGCCUCACAAUUAAGUUUGAAAAAUGGCAAAAUACAACUCUACACUUUUGUAACCACAAAAUGGAAAUCCCUAUCCACAUCUUCAUAGCUAGUUUGGAGCGAAAUGUAAUGGAUUGUGUGACAAUAAGCAAGGGAAACAUGGCAAAUGCUGAAGAACCUGCAAACGUGAUUUAUAUAUUUGGCAUGGAUUAUUGUGUUUUUCAAUACCUCGGACCUCUUAAGUACAGCCAGAGAGAAAACCAUCAGUUUUUAGUUGAAGCCCUCAUGACUACUGCCUUAAACUUGAGCCACCUCAAUUCUUCCUUGAACAGCUGCCACGACGAUAUAUUUUUGCAAGGUCACUUUGUGGCUCAUAACUGCUAA